AUGGAUCUCCGUGUCGGUGGCAAGUACCGCAUCGGCAAGAAGAUUGGGAGUGGAUCGGUGCGCGACAUCUACCUGGGCGUCAACAUCAUCUCGGGCGAGGAGGUUGCGAUCAAGCUCGAGUCGGUCAAGGCGAAACACCCGCAGCUCGAGUACGAGGCGAAAGUGUACAAGACGCUCGCGGGAGGCGUCGGCGUGCCCUUCGUGAGGUGGUUCGGCGUCGAGUGCGAUUACAACGCCAUGGUCCUCGACCUCCUCGGCCCUUCGCUCGAAGACCUCUUCAACUUCUGCAACCGCAAGUUCUCGCUCAAGACCACCCUCCUCCUCGCCGACCAGCUCAUCUCUCGCAUCGAAUACAUCCACUCCCGCAACUUCAUCCACCGCGACAUCAAGCCCGACAAUUUCCUCAUGGGCAUCGGCAAGCGCGGGAACCAGGUCAACGUGAUCGACUUUGGCCUCGCCAAGAAGUACCGCGACCCGAAGACGCACCUGCACAUCCCGUACCGCGAGAACAAGAACUUGACGGGCACGGCGCGCUACACGUCGAUCAACACGCACCUCGGCGUCGAGCAGUCGCGCCGCGACGACAUGGAGUCGCUCGGCUACGUCCUCAUGUACUUCCUCCGUGGCUCGCUCCCGUGGCAGGGCCUCAAGGCGGCGACCAAGAAGCAGAAGUACGACCGCAUCAUGGAGAAGAAGAUGACGACGCCGACCGAGUACCUCUGCCGCGGGUUCCCGAACGAGUUCGCCAUCUACCUCAACUACUGCCGCUCGCUCCGCUUCGACGACAAGCCCGACUACUCGUACCUCCGCAAGCUCUUCCGCGACCUCUUUGUCCGCGAAGGGUUCCAGUACGACUAUGUCUUCGACUGGUCGGUCCAGCAGCGCGUCGACGACGUCCAGAAGCAGCAGCUCGAGUUCCAGAAGCAGCAGGCAGCCGGCGGCGCGCAGCCGCAGCCGCCGCCGCAGCAGCCUCAGGGCCAGUCUGCCGCUGGCGCCGCGCAGCCCAAGAGGCGCGUCCUCCAGCCGGGCGAGGUCGACCAGCAGGGCCAGGGCGUCCCGCAGAGCGACCAGCGCAUGCUCCGCUCGCAGACCCGCAACCAGCAGGAGUCGCGCAUGCGCGCCGGCGGCGAGUGGUACUGA